AUGGCUGGCAUAGUGGAACAAAUCGACAACCUCCUGGCUGACCUCUUUGCCGGUUGGAACAGCUAUUCCACCGGUCUUGUCGCAGUCAUUGUCCUCUUCGUCGUUUGGGUCAUCACCGAAUCCAAAGAUCCCGAUACCCAUCCCCUCCUCCUCGCUCGACAGUCGCAAGCUUCAUAUGUCCGCCAGCCUGGCGAGUCAGCCGUCUACAGGUCUCCGGAAGUACCAUACGGAUACCCUCUCCGCUCCGGUCUCAACGUACGCGCUCCCGGAGCCCCGAUAUACGCUGCCGGUAAAGAUGGAGAUCUGCGAGACAUAUGGAAAAGAGUUACCGGCGAGCUGCCCAUCGACAAAGACGAAAGCGGACAGCCGGGCAAGAUCUUGACCGUCUAUGGUAAAGAAGACAUUGAUGAUCACAACAUCGCGGACUUGUCCAAGGAGAUUGCCAUAAUCGGGAAGCACUUGACUAGCAAUGGCGCAAACAGGGUUGCAGUGUAUAUGCCAAACUCCGUCGAGCUUCUUCUCGUUCUCUUCGCUGGAGCUUUCUAUGGGUUUACAGUUAUUCUGCUGCCAUACAACCAAUCGCAUCCGAAUCUUGCGGGUCUUCUGAAUACUACAGGCGCCGAUGCUCUCGUCGCCGCUGCUGGAUCAUUCCCCCUAGAAGAUAUCAGCAGACAAGCCAUUUCGCUGAAGCAGGUCAUCUGGAGUGUUGAGAAGACCAGUAGGCAUGUUGGCUGGAGCGAGGUCCCCGCGGGCAUUGGCGGAAAGGUCGAUGUGUCCGUUCUGCAUGAGCUUGUAAAAGACGGCAAAGCCAGUGCAGAAUUGCCAAACGACUCCACCACUGAGCCUGGGAAUGUCGUCUUCGUUUGGCAAGACACUGAAGGCAAAGGCGGCGAAGUCAUUGAAUUUACCCAAAAGAACAUCGUCGCAGCAGUAGCCGCUCUCGGUUCAGCACUCCCCCCGCAACAGCGAUUCACCAAGUCCGACAUGUUUCUUCCUGCCGAGUCUCUGACGCACAGCUAUCCCUUGGCCCUCACUCUGUCUGCUCUAUUCACCAGGACAAAUGUUGCGCUUACCUCUGUAGCUGGAACCGGUGUUGACCUGGGUAUGGCCAUUCGUAGCGUAGCCCCAACAAUCCUAGUCGCAUCUGCCGAAAGUGCUGCCAAACUCCACAAGUCAGCCACAACAUCCCUUACCGAUGCAAUGAAGAAGCUUGGUCACUACAUGGCGACACGCACUUUGGCGGCUGGACGCAUGCCAGCCGGUUCCCUGGCUGCUGCCGUGGACAACAAGGAUCCAGCUGCUGCCUCUCCUGGUAAAUUGCGCCUCAUCUUCAUCUCUGAGCGCAUCGGUGCCAAUACUCCACCUCUGACCUCCAAUGAUCUCUCCGACCUCCGCAUCUUCACCAAAGCGCGCGUUGUAUACGCUCUCACGUCCGCGAAAGUAGCCGGAGCCAUAUCUCAAACCAACGUGUAUGACUACCGUCGUGGCAUAGGUGAAUCAGAAAAUAAGCACUCGCACUUUGGUGUACCCGUGAGCUCAGUCGAGAUCAAGAUGACAGACACUGCAACCCACAGAACGUCAGACGAUCAAGUUUCUGGCGAGAUCACUGUGACUGGACCUGCUGUCGCCGGUGGACAGGUGUCGCUGGGCGUCAACGGCACAUUUAGAGAUGACAACACAUUGGCCUACGCUUAA